AUGGAGGAUAUCGUACCAAGUAAACCAUGGCUUUUCAAUCUGCGCUCAUCCAAGCAACUGAUCGGCCUUGCUGUCUUCUCAACCACUUUCACUGAUGGAUUUCUUUAUGGGAUCAUCGUAUCUGUGCUUCCUUUCUCCCUAACGGUUCGGUUCGGACUACCAGAGGCUGACGUUCCAUUCUGGACAUCAACCUCGUUGGCCGUCUUCGGUUUCGCAAUGGUACUUGGCGCCCCGAUCGCAGGCUGGAUUGUCGGAAAAUGCGAGAGACGCCAAAUACCAUUCCUAGGAGGCCUCUCUUGUGCAUUCGGUGCCACCCUCUCGUUCAUGCUUGGAGUCAGGCCAUGGGUGAUUAUCGUGGCAAGGAUUUUCCAGGGUCUAUCUGCGGGUGUUGUCUACACUGCCGGCUUAACGCUGUUGGUGGACACGAUCGAGUCGCACGAGCUGGGACCCUGGAUUGGCUUCGGACUCUCGGGCAUGAAUUUUGGCGUGCUCGUAUCACCUACUCUCGGAGGAAUUGUAUAUGAGAAAGCAGGGUUCUAUCCUGUCUUCAUAAUGGGUCUUGGCGUGGUCCUCAUUAACUUGAUCCUCAUUCUGCUCAUGAUCGACAGAAAAACUGCCGAAAAGUAUAGAGGGCAGAAUGAUUCCAGUAAGAGUUAUUCCCUUCCCAAUGGAAGCUCGAGAAAAAGUGCCGUUGCAAAUGGAAAACGGCGACUAUCAACAGUUGAAGAUGGUGAUCCAACCAUCACAACACCGCUCCUCUCACGCUACCGCGAGACCUCUUCUGCGGUUGCAAAAGAUCCUUCUUGGUGGACUAUUGUCGGAGGCUUUCUUCGAAAUCAUCGCAUAUUUGCUGCGUUAUAUGGAUGUCUCAUCAACACGAUCUUGGUUAGCGCCAUGGAUGCCGUCCUCCCGAUUUUUAUCAAGCAGACAUUUCAUUGGCUUUCCGGCGCUACGGGGACCAUGUUUUUAAACUUAACCAUUCCGUCAUUGAUAGGUCCAUUUGUUGGAAUGUUCUCAGACAAAUAUGGCGUUCGGUUGAUUUCCGGUCUUGGGUUUACGUUGGCAGCUGUAGCAGUCGCUGCCCUCGCCCUGAUACAACACGACAAUACCACAAAUAAGGUCAUGGCGUGCGUGAUAUUAUCUGUUGUUGGGAUAGGGCUCAAUACAUCGCUGACCCCGUUGGUUGCGGAGAUACCUCGCAUCGUGAAUGCCGUCCAAGAGGAACAACCUGAUAUAUAUGGCGAUAAAAGUGCAGUCACUGAGGCUUAUAUGCUCCUUGAUGCGGCAUUUGGCGCUGGGACUGUACUCGGCCCAUUGCUUUCAGAACUUGCGUUUGAGAAUUUGGGAUGGACUGGAUGCACCGCCAUGCUGGCGUUUCUGAGUGUGUCGGCCAUAGUUCCAGUGGUGAUCCAUUUGGCCCCAAAUCCGAAAGGCCGGUAA